GUGUAUAGAAUUAGUUCGAUCGGAUACAAAGAACGAUAUAGUGCAGAGAGGAAUGGAGCAUUUGUUGAUUGUUGCAUUUGAGGUUAUUUGAAGUGAUUCAAGCCUUGUAGUCUUAACAAUAAUGGAAAACAAUUUAAUACUUUUUGAUAUUUUACAAUCGUCCGAUAAUGAAGAUCGUUUUCAUAUUACACUUAUGGAACUGCACUGGCUGAACUGACUUUGACCCAGUGCAUGCAGUACAGUGAACUGGGUGAACUAGUCUCUUGCACUGCUAUUAAGAACAUCGACACUAGCGCUAGUUAUGCUACAAAGAACGCUUUAGUGUACACUAGUUCUGCCAGUGCAGCUACCAAGAACAAACCUUGUGUGGAUGAAUGUGGCGAAAAAGAUGGGAAAACAAGACAACGAAAGCACAGUGGAUAAAAAGCUUAAUAGGUGAUAGCAGAGAAUGGGUAGGUUACGAACAUCGCACAACAGACUACUUCCUACGCUAAUUUUCGUUGGGACAUGCGUUUCUUUUGAAGUCGACGGUUCAUAACUUGAGAUACUUUACUAAGAACAAAUUUCGGACUAGAAACAGAAUCCUGACUUUCUGCUAGAUUUGGAGGCUUUGGAGCGGGCAAUCUGGCACUAUGUAGGAUUGGUCUGUUGGCUGAUGCCUAGUUUGGGUAUUGGACAGUGUGUUUGGACUUUAUUGUGAAGCCUUUUGUUUGAAUCAAACAAAAAUAACAAACACUCACAUGAUCUCUUGAUUCCGUCUAAAUCAUUGGUAUACCAAAAGGCAAAUGGUGACGCAUAGGAAACUGAAAAUAGUCUUCAGAGCACUUUUUAAUUGAUGGGGUAAAUUUUGAACGCUGAGAUGUGAAAGUUAAUUAUCCACACACAUAACAACAACUGUCUGCGUUAUUAGAACAUGUUAUAGGAAUAUUUAGAAUGUAACGAACAUAACUUAGUUACAUCAAAAAAAAAUAAUUUUUUUUGAAUGAGGGUAUAUCAAAACAAAUAAAAAUCGUGUGACAAGAACAGUGUUUACCAGUGUUAUAAAUAUUAUCAUGUGGGUUAUUUCUCUUUUUCCGUUACGUUGUGAUUAAUUUUUCGAGUAGAAUGAGUACACAAUAGUUUAUCAAGGAAAUCGUUCUGAAUAAUUAUCGAAAACAGAUUAAAAUAAGUCGAACCUAAGGUAUUGAGAAACCCCAGAACAAAGUUUGCUAAUAUGAAAAAUUAAAGAAGUGGAACAAGUAUUGUUCAAGAAAUGGAAAUUGAUUGGACUGCUGUUACUUUUAUGGCAACACCCUUCAUUGGAGGUGUUUAUGGAGGAAUGGUUACUAAAAGAAAUUUAUUAUGGUAUGCAGAACUAAAAAGACCGCCAUUCACGCCACCAAAUUGGGCUUUCAGUCCUAUUUGGACCACACUGUAUAGUAGUAUGGGUUAUGCUUCCUAUAUAGUUUACAAAGAUGGUGGUGGGUUUAGCGGAACUGCAAAAUGGCCUUUAAUUAUAUACGGCAGCAAUGUUCUGGCAAACUGGACAUGGACAACCAUAUUCUUUGAAAAGAAAAAUAUGAAAAUGGCGUUUUGUGAAUUACAAUUCAUAAAUGCAACGGCUUUAACAAUGAGUUACCUCUUCUACCGAAUUAACCACAAAGCUGGUUUACUAAUUCUACCAUAUAUCGGAUGGUUGGCAGUGUCAACCGCAUUAACAUAUUCGUUCUGGCAAGAAAAUCAAGCCGAUGAAAAAAAAGUAGAGGAUAUGGAAAAAACUACUUCUAAGAAAAACUCGCCUAACUCUGAUAAAUCUCAAAUUCAACUAUAAAUAUUCAUGUCGUACAAAUUAUAUUUUAAAUUUAUUACUAAAAUAAAAAAUUUAAAAUGCG